AUGCACGUGGAGAACAUAUGUGGUAGAGCUAUGAGGGGAAUAAACUUGCUGAGGAGGUUGACAAGGGUUUGGUGGGGGUCCCACCCUACACUACUGUUAAAUGUAUACGAGUCACUUAUUCGCCCCCAUCUGGAUUACGCCACAAUAUUUGUGGGAAGAUGCGCCCAAUCUUUGUAUAACCAACUUGACAGGGUCCAGUAUCAGUCUCUACGUAUAGCUUUGGGAUAUAUGCGUUCUACCCCAAUUAAUGUAAUGUUGGCGGAAAGUGGAGAGCCUCCCCUGAAAUAUAGGAGGAGAUGGCUGGCAUUUAAAUUUAUCAGCAGACUAUGUUAUGUUCAGAACCCGGGGAUGAUGAACUUAUUACAACAACUAAUCAGAUUUAAAGGAUUUUGGAACAAUAGGCCAAUCCCUGCAUUUGUCCAGGCCACCAAGGAGGUGCUGGAGCUUCUCCCAGAUAUAGACUCUUCCCCAAUUCUGCAUUGUUUUAAGUAUUCAAUACAGGUUCAUCACAACCCUAUAUGGUAUGACACCAUGGGCCUAAGAAAAGAACAUGUAAACAAUGAACCCUUGUUCCAACAAAGAUUUCGUGAAAAGUUUGAGGGUUGUUUGGAAUGUUUUACGGAUGCAUCCAAGAAUGCUCAGGGAGGGGUAGGUAUUGGAGUUUUCUCGUCUACGGUCGGGUACUCGAUGUCGGAGGGUUUGCCAAAGUAUAUUUCUGUGUGCACGACUGAGAUUGUUGCCAUAUACAGGGCUCUUCAGUACAUAUUUUCGCAGGAAAUAAAAUCAUCGGUGAUUCUUACAGACUCCAUGUCUUCUUUGCAAUCCAUAGCUUCGUGGUCUCUCAGUGCGGAUGUCAACCCUUUUGUGUUGAAGAUCAGAGCACUGAUACAUGAUAUACAAUGUAGGAAUUAUUCGACCAAAUUAAUAUGGAUACCUGGACACACCAAUAUUGUUGGAAACGAACGGGCAGACUCGCUUGCCAAAAUAGGUGCUAAUGGUCCACUUCAGACACAAAGGAUUAGGGCACACCCGCGUGAACACUGGCCAACAAACAAAAUGAAGAUAUGGAGAGAGUGGGAAAACGAAUGGCACGAUGUCAGCCGGCAAAAGGGUAGAAGAUAUGCCCAUUUGAGAACGAAAAAUAAAAUUACUCCAAAACCAUGGUUUGCAGAGUGUCUUCGUCUACCAAGGAAAGCCAUCACAACUAUAAAUAGAUUAAGAUCGGGUCUUUGUUGUUCCCCAGAGCAUUUAUAUCGAAUAAAGGUAUUGGAUAACAACAAUUGUGAGUGUGGAGAACAGGGAGAUUUGGAUCACAUCUUCUUCGGAUGUUCGAAUAAUACUGUUAAUUGUCAAACCUUGUACUCCACAUUAGUAAAAGAGUGCAAGGUCGCUCCACUAACGAUUUAUGAUUGCUUGUUAGAUUCAAACCUGAAAGAAACUACCAUUAACACAAUUGUAGCUUUUAUUUCAUCAUCUCAUAUUAGAUUGUAG